AUGGCUGUGGUGUACCCGAGCGAGGAUGACGAGAGCGUGUUGGUUGGCUUCACAGAGAUUUUCACACAGCAAGAAAGCGUGCAUGCGGUUCUUUGCGUGGCAGAGCAGGAUGUGCAGACAGUAAGGGACGCAUGCAGCUCUGUGCUAGCGCAUCUCAGUAGCACAAGGCGGCUUAUUCUUGCCUCUGUCCCUCUCACUCAGACAGAGGACGCGCAGCUUGUCUUAGGAAAUGAUGACAGUAACACAGCAUAUCAGAUGGGCAGUGUCUAUCCUCACGUGCUGCAGCACAGCAAUUCCAUGGGGUACGACAUCACCCUCUCCGAGUCUGUGGGGGCUGCACCGCCACUGCUUCAUCAUCCAAAGCGCUUUCUAGGGACACAGCUCGACGCAAUCAACCUCAUGGCGGCAGAACUGGAAAGCGCCAAGGACACGCUGCUAUCUUUAAACGCGAGGUACGCAUACUUAUGGACCACGAGCGUGGACGAGCUGCGCCGCUACGUCGCACAAGAGGAAAGACGUCAGCAGAUGCGGCAGCCGAUGUGGGAGCGUGUCCGGAUGAGGCCCGCUCCGACUGAGGAGGAAACGCAGAAGGGGCCAGCACAUAGUCCCAUUGAUGAAGUGGGGCAGAGAGGCGCAGGCUCUCAGCAGGGAGACGCACUGAGCAUAGCUGAGGGGGCGCCAGAGGAGGACCCCCAAGUAGAGGCACCCUCUGAGUCAUUUGCGCAAGGGCCAACGUACCGCACACUGCUGGCGCUGGAUGCGUCGCAGCUGCCAUCGAAGCAAGUCCAGCGCAGCUUCAUGAAGUUCAUUCAGGCGUGCUUGUCUCUUCUAGAGUGGGUGGACAGCAUUUUAGGACUUCUCUCUGGCAGGUACGACGUACCGCAGGCUGGUACAUUCAAGGUUUCGAUGCAGCGCGAGUCUGCGCAGCGCAAAGUUGACACGGUUCUCGAGGCAAGCGAGCAGAGAGCGACAGAGCAGGCAACUGAAUCCGCUGGGCUCCCCGGGACCAAAACUGUGCGUGUUUUCCGCUACGAGAUACGCGACGUGAGCAACAUCUACGACAUGUUCUACCAGCAGGCGGAGUGCUUCUACCUCCCCGAGUACGCCCUGUAUGAUGCACGGAUACAGCAACGACUCCUGCAGCCGUCCUACUACUACGCCCUGCGCAUUCUAAUUGAGGACAUAACGACUGAGAUGACUCGGUUAGAGAACAUCGCCGGCUCGCGGGCGGAUUUGGUGCGCAACGACACUCGUCUGUCGCCCUUUGGCGCGUAUCAACGCGGCGCCUUUGUCCCCUACCCUGAGGCGUUCGGAAUGGGCAUGGACUCAUCUUUACCUGCUCCGCGCAACAGGGUAGCUGCGGGAAGCGGCGACCCAGCUAAGGUUGUCUUUCAGCCUGCGCUGCCACAGUUUGCGUUUCUCCGCAACACGCUGCGGGUGCUUCUCAGCGUCUCCAUCAACGAAGACGACCGAACGAGCUUCAAGCGGUAUGAGGAGCUGUACCAGGCUCUUGUGCAAAGUUCCAGAGAUGCAGUGGCCACGCUGCAGCACCUUCCAAAGCCUCCGUCAUCCCUUCUCGAGCCUGUUACACAGGGCAGGUUUGGCAAUAGGGGCCCCAGAACGGCUGGCCGCCCGUGCUGCGAGCUGGUGCUAGUUUCGCAGGAGAACAUCGCGCAGGAGGCGAGGUCGGGUGACAAAGUGGUGUGGGUGAUAUCUGCUGAGGACCGUGGGCGGCUGCGUGCUGGAUUUGAGGUAUACUGGGAGCUGAGGGCCGGCGUACACUCCUUAAAGUUGUCUCUCGAUAAGGACAUUAGCCGCAAAGAUAAGUCUCACCGCACUCGUCUGCUUGACGCGUGCGUGGCGCAUGAGAAGGACCCGGUGGCGAUUAUGGCCCUCCAGCACGAACGGGAGCUCCAUGAGGCGGAGCUCCGUUCUCGACGUGAGAACGGUGGCUGGCUGAGGGCUGCACGGGCGUCGCUGCGGUCACUGACUGGGAUCGCCACCUGCAAGGCCGAGGUUCAAAUGGAAGAUCUCGGCAUCCCGACGGUCCCACAGCGCGAUGAUGCUGGGGCGGAAAUGACGACUACCUCGCCCUACCACGAGGAGAAAACGUUACUGCAGGAGAGCGUGAACCGACUCUGGUGCGCUGUGGAGGCGCACGGUGUGCACAUGGAGCACGAGUACCCGGGCCUGUUCUACCGCGGCGAAAGGCAGCGUUGGACGAGGCGUGUCGGCUCACUGAUCGAGAAGGCUAACGCAGUCGGCGUGGUCUUCUCGCCGUGA